GGCAGCCCAGGUCUCGCAGGGGCAUCCCUGGGGAGCGGCUCCCUACGUCACGUGGGACCCGCCCUGAGACUGAGUGUUGCAAACUCCGGGCAGCCGUCGUGGAGCUGAAUUUCCGCGGUUGUGAAAGGCGGUGACAGCGGCGACCUCCCUGCUUCUCUGCGUGGGGUCCGGGACUCCACGAUGGCCGGUCGGUGCGGGGCCCGUGGCGCGCUGUCGCCUCAGUUGCUGCUCUUCGACCUGCCGCCCGCGCUGCUGGGCGAGCUUUGCGGAAUCCUGGACAGCUGCGAUGGCCCGCUCGGCUGGAGGGGCCUGGCGGAGCGACUUUCAAACAGCUGGCUGGAUGUUCGUCAUAUUGAAAAAUACGUAGACCAAGGUAAAAGUGGAACAAGAGAAUUGCUCUGGUCCUGGGCGCAGAAAAACAAGACAAUCGGCGACCUUUUAGACGUACUCCAGGACAUGGGGCAUCAACGAGCUAUCCACUUAAUCGUCAACUAUGGAGUAAACUGGACUCCUUCAGUGCAGACUCAUCAUGAGCUUCCAUUCCCCAACUUCCCACCUAACGUGAAGCAUGCAUGCAGACCAAAUGACCCUGGACCUCUGGAACCAGCCAAUGUCACAGUGGAUAAUAUUCUUGUUCCUGAACAUAAUGAAAAAGGAAUACUGCAGAAAACCCCUAUCGGCUUCCAGAGUAUCCUAGAAGGAACCAAACAUUUUCACAAAGACUUCCUGAUUGGAGAAGGGGAGAUAUUCGAAGUAUACAGAGUGGACAUUCAAAACCAAACAUACGCUGUUAAAUUGUUUAAACAGGAGAAAAAAAUGCAACUUAAGAAGCACUGGAAGAGAUUUUUAUCAGAACUGGACGUUUUACUCCUGUUCCGUCACCCCCACAUACUCGAGCUGGCUGCAUAUUUCACGGAGACUGAGAAACUCUGUCUGGUUUAUCCCUAUAUGAGCAACGGGACGCUUUUCGACAGAUUACAGUGCACAAAUGGCACAACCCCGCUCUCCUGGCACGUUCGAAUCAGCGUAUUGAUAGGAACAGCCAAAGCCAUCCAAUGCUUGCAUAACACUCGGCCGUGCGCCGUCAUCUGUGGCAACAUUUCCAGUGCAAACAUACUCUUGGAUGACCAGUUCCAACCCAAACUAACGGAUUUUGCCACGGCGCACUUCCGACCCAAUCCAGAGCAGCAGAGUUCUACCAUAAAUAUGACCGGCAGCGGCAGGAAACAUCUGUGGUACAUGCCAGAAGAAUACAUCAGACAAGGAAGACUUUCUGUUAAAACUGAUGUCUACAGCUUCGGAAUCGUGAUCAUGGAGGUUCUAACGGGCUGCAAAGUGGUGCUGGAUGAUCCAAAACACGUUCAGCUGCGGGACCUCCUCAUGGAACUGAUGGAGAAAAGAGGCCUAGACUCCUGCCUCUCCUUCUUAGACAGGAAGAUACCGCCCUGUCCUCGGAACUUCUCUGCAAAGCUCUUCUCUCUGGCGGGCCAGUGUGCGGCAACGAGGGCCAAGUUAAGACCCACGAUGGACGAAGUCCUGAACUCUCUGGAGAGCACCCAGCCUAGCUUGUAUUUUGCAGAAGACCCUCCCACUUCCUUGAAGUCCUUCAGGUGUCCUUCUCCACUGUUCUUGGAUAAUGUCCCAAGUAUUCCAGUAGAAGAUGAUGAAAACCAGAAUAACCAUUCAGUACCUCCCAAGGAAGUUUUGGGGACGGAUAGAGUGACUCAGAAAACCCCCUUUGAAUGCAGCCAGUCUGAGGUUACCUUUCUAGGCUUGGACCGAAACAGAGGGAACAGGGGAAGAGAAGUGGCUUGCAACAUGCCUGGUUCUUCUUGUGAGGAAUGCUGGUCCCCAGAGCUUGUGACGCCAUCCCAGGACCUAAGGCCUACUGUGAUCAGUUUGGGAUCCUCUUGGGAAGUGCCAGGCCAUUCUUAUGGGAGCAAGUCAAUGGAGAAGAGGUGCUCCUCUGGGCUCUUUUGCAGUGAGCACGAACAGUCCAAAAUGCAGUGAAUCCACCAGAAGAUAAAGAAAAAAAUAAAACAAAAGCAAACGUUGCUGAAGGCACCGAGAGAAUAGCGUCACCGUGGAAGGACACAAGCUCUGAGCUCCGAGAGUACAGCCAAGCGACCAACUGAUGGAGAAAUUGAAUGCUGCAGAUUAGUCUGUUCCUUCCUCCGAACAGAAUAGUUUCAAGAGAUGCUUUAUCCGAGUGACCGCCUCUCGGUCAAACCGGAGGGGCUAAACUGGAGCCAAUCAGAGUUAUCCAAGAUUCUGGGUUCUGGCAAUCAAAACCUAGCAAAGAGUAGCAGGAACCUUAAGUCGCUCUCUCUCUCUCUCUCUCUCUCUCUCUCUCUCUCUCUCUCUCUCUCUCUCUCUCUCUCUCUCUCUCUCUCUCAUUAUCCAUGUGAGAUCUUGGUAUAGGUGAACAGAGAACCACCCACCUUCCAGAACCAGGUUCUCCCCUAGCCAGCUUUCAGCUACUCAACGUCAGUAGGUAGUAGUCAGUAGUCACUGGCAGUCAAACAUGAUACAUUGUCACUCUCCCUCUGCCCAUGCAGCACCAUGCCCUUUAUAAAACCCAAGUCUUCAGGGCCCACCCCUUUCUUUUUCCAUCCUUGCUCAGAGGUAGCCUUUUGUAUACACCCCCUGACCCCACCCCAAUAUAUCUCUCAUCUGAUAUCUGUCGCACAGUGUGACUUUGUGGCAUAGUGUGACUUUGUGACUUUGUGGCAUUACUUGGUUAUCAGAUCAUUUCCAUAAGAACAAACAAACAACAGAAGACCACCAUCAUUACCCUCGGCACUCGAUGUCAGUCUUUCUAUGAGGGAUACGGACAGUCUAUUGGCUUCCCAUGGUCAUAGGGAAGUUGCUCAAAUGCAAAGAUUGUAGGAAAUGUCUAAUUUGUAAAUGGUGUCCGGUGCCUUUGGAAGGAAUUGGGUUUUUACAGCGACUGGCAGUUGCUACUCUUUUAGUUUUCGCUGGUGAACCGGUCUGUCGGGAAGUAAGCCAAAUCACUGUUGCUAGGACUUUUUCUGUGUAGAGAGGGAAUUCCAGUCCAAAGUCUGCAUCUCUGCAUUUAAAUUCUUAGAAGAGUUGC